UUUUUUUUUUUUUUUUCUUUUUCUUUGCUUUGGGGGUGGUGCGCAUUAUGAAAAGCCGGCGGCCAGUUAAAUUUCAGCAGAGGGUUCCUGCUCUCGGGGAAGGGAGGAACAGUGGGGCGAGGGCGCUCUGCGGUAGCGAACCUGUAGGUCAGGCGAGGGCCCGGCUCGCUGGCUGGGGCUUCCUGGCCUGGGAAGCGCCCGGAGCUUUCGAGAACUUUGCUGUCCUGCGAAUGAAAUGUCAGACCAAGGAACUUCAAGUUCUCCUUGAGAGUCCGCGGAAGUGCAAGGCGGGGAGUCGCGGAAGAGGGGGCCGCGAUCGGCGCUCUGGAGGUCUCGGUAAAUCCCGGGGUGCAUCCUCUGCAGUCGUGUUGGCCGGCGCCUCCCCCCGGGCCGCAGGCUUACGGCUGGAGGAGGUGGCUUCUGUGUGUUCGUGAGGUCCCGUCGGGGAGAGACCGAGGACCGCGAGGAAAAGUGAGCGGUAAGGGGCCUGGCCGGCCUUCGCCCGGCCCACCCCUAGCCUUUGGCGCCCUUGAACCCGCCCCUCCGGAUAGAUCUCGGAGUGGGUUCCAGGCGCUCUUCGCUCGAGGUCCAAAGGCGCGGCGGCGCGGGCCAUGGAUCGCCUGGCUGCGCUGCGGGGCGCGAGGCUGCGGUGGGCGCUGCUGGGGACGCGGGUGGCCCUCCCUGGCCUCUGCCCGCACGGGGCCAGAGCCAAGACCGCGAUCCCCGCCGCCGUCCCGGUUACCGCCGAGACUCCUGGAAACGGGCCUGGCGACCGGAGACUGCGGACCCUGGAGGAGCUUCCAGGGCCCGGGCAACUGCGCUUCUUCUUCCAGCUGUUAGUGCAAGGCUACGUUCUGCAGUUACACAAGCUCCAGGUGCUGAACAAGGCCAAGUAUGGUCCAAUGUGGGUAACCCGCAUAGGGCCUCAGACCCAUGUGAACCUGGCCAGUGCCCCCCUCCUGGAGCAAGUGAUGCGGCAAGAGGGCAAGUACCCAGUACGGAACGACAUGGAACUAUGGAAGGAGCACCGGGACCAGCAGGGCCUGGCCUAUGGGCCCUUUACCACGGAAGGACAGCAGUGGUACGAGCUGCGCCACACUCUGAACCAGCGGAUGCUGAAGCCGAGGGAGGCUGCGCUCUACACCGAUGUCGUGAAUGAGGUGAUCGAUGACUUCGUGGCCCACCUGAACCGGCUGCUGGCAGAGAGUGCCUCGGGGGACCAGGUGUCUGACAUGGCUCACCAUUUCUACUACUUCGCUUUGGAAGCUAUUUGCUACAUCCUGUUUGAGAAACGCAUCGGCUGCCUGGAGCGCCCCAUCCCCGAGGACACGGUGGCCUUCGUCACAUCUGUCGGGCUCAUGUUCCAGAACUCAGUCUAUGUCACCUUCCUCCCCAAGUGGACCCGUUCCCUGCUGCCUUUCUGGAAGCGCUAUCUGGAUGGCUGGAACACCAUCUUCUCUUUUGGGAAGAAGCUGAUUGAUCAGAAACUCAAGGAGAUCGAGAUCCAGCUGCAGACCAAGGGGCCAGAUGAAGUCCAGAUAUCUGGCUACCUGCACUUCCUGCUGACCAGAGGACAGCUCAGUACUCAUGAGGCCAUGGGCAGCCUGCCUGAGCUGCUCUUGGCGGGCGUAGACACGACAUCCAACACGAUGACGUGGGCCCUGUACCAUCUUUCAAAGAAUCCAGAGAUCCAGGCUGCCUUGCAUAAGGAGGUGGUGGGUGUGGUACCAGCCGGGCAGGUGCCCCAGCACAAGGACUUUGCCCACAUGCCCCUGCUCAAAGCCGUGCUUAAGGAGACCCUGCGCCUCUACCCUGUGGUCCCCAUGAACUCCCGGGUCAUCACGGAAAAGGAGAUCGAAGUCAAUGGCUUCCUCUUCCCCAAGAAUACCCAGUUUGUCUUCUGUCACUAUGUGGUGUCCCGUGACCCUGACAUCUUCCCCCAGCCAGAGAGCUUCCAGCCUUACCGCUGGCUGAGGAAGAGCCAGGCUGCUGCCCUUGGGGUCCAGCAUCCAUUUGGCUCUGUGCCCUUUGGCUAUGGGGUCCGGGCUUGCCUGGGCCGCAGGAUUGCGGAGCUGGAGAUGCAGCUGCUGCUGUCAAGGAUAAAAGGCCACCACCAUGUCACAUUGCUCUCCUUGGAGAAAAUACAGAAUAAAGGGACUCGUAUUGAUAAUUGGAGACCUUUGUCAUUCUCUUUGAUGACCCAGCAUCUGAGCCCCUUGCUGUGUUUGGGGAACAGCCUCUCCCCACUUAGGGAUCUUGUGGGAGGCAGAGCCCUCUCCCUCUGGAGAAAGUGAGAACACCUGUGCUUUCCUGGACCUUCAGCUGGUGCUGCUGAAGCCCAGCCUGAGUAGGACCUGCAGAACAAUCCUCCGGACCCCCAAGAGGGGCCCCCUCGUGCUUUGAUAUAGGCAGCGCUGCCAGAAUGGAUGGAGGCGUUCUCGGCUGGAUCUUCAGCAACGGCUCCCGGGGCUCCUGUCAGCCUGGGAAGCACCAGCUUGGCCGCCCUCAGGAGCAUGAGUGUCGCGAAGCUGUCGCCACAGCUGCUGGCCCCAGUGUGCCUCCGUGUCUCCCGGGUCAGUGCUGCCGGUGGGGAGAAAAAGCGUCCUCCCUGACCCCACUCCUGGCCCAUGACUGCCCCUCCCCCCCGCCCCCCGCAAAGCGACAGCGACACAGCGACCUUGGGAGGAGCAGAGGCAUGGCCUCUGUCCUGCUAGCACCUUCCACCGACGUCUCACAAACAACCGAGAGGUGGAACCCAGGGCCGGCCUGGAACCCGAGCUGCAGGGCAGUAUGGGGAUUAUAGUUCUCAGCUUUCCAGCCUCUUCAGCACAGGAAGCCGACCAGAAGGCAAGCGGGCUGGCGAGACCGAGAGUACCGCGGGUUUGACGAGGCGAUGAGUCCCAGCCUCACAGUCCCAGCCCCGGUGGUACAUUUCUGCUGGGUCAUAGAAAACUAAAGUCGAAUUUCUUAUGUUGGUGAGAUUAAAAAAAAAAGAAAGAUGUCAUUGUCCUUAUUAAAAUCCUUCAGUGGCUUCUCUCAGCCCUGAAGCAAAGUCCUAAGUCCUUACUCUGGCUUGGAAGACUCUGGCACCCUACCCUCCACCCCUACUCCCUGCCCAGAAACCCUUUCCACAGCCUAACCCCAAUUCCUUGUAUAGACCUGAGCACAUUCCGCUCUUUCUGGCCUCAAUACUUUGUUCUUAAUGUCCCGUCUCCUUGGAACACUCUCUUCAGCAACUGUGAUGCCAUCCCAGAGAACUUGCUCUUCCUUAGGGCUCAGCUCAAAUGUCACUGCCUUUGAAUAAGCCUCCCCUGACCUCUCUGGGGGAGCACAAGCACUUCGUGUUCCCCGCCUCCCCCCGCCCCACCCGCCAUGUUACAGAACUGAGUGCUCUGCCUGUUGACCGUGUUGGAGACCCGACUGUCUCCCCAACCAGCUGUGCACCCCCUGGAGGGCACAAAUCAAGCUCCUUUCAGUUUGGAUCCAGGUGACCAACUCUGUGUCUAGCCCGUAGGAGGCGAUUAAUAAAAGUUUGUUGAAUGAGAAGAGGCUGCAAUAGUAAGCAGGGGAAGGAAGAAGAGGGGACGAUGCAGAGCUUUUCCUACUGAGUCCGGAAAUCUGGAGAGUUCGGAGGAAUUCCUGAUUAUAACGGCAUAGCUCUUGACCCCACCUGUGCCGGGAUUCAGCUGUGAGAGCGCCUUAUGCAUGCGGAGCGUGGGAGCUGGGCUCAGAGGGGGCAGGGAUUUCUGUCACAAAGUCAACCAGAGCCACUUCUGCCUUCCCAGUGGGCUGCUCCUUCGGACCACCAGGGGUCUGCGGUCUCAGGGACCCUGCGCUGCCCACAUAAGUAACAGGGAAGCAAUGUUAACAGCUGGGCUCCCUGAUUACCCACCCUGACCCGCCUCUGUAAGGAAAGAACAACAAUUGGAUUUAGGAUCAUUGCGGAGAAGCAAGCGAAUGUUAACUCAGCACAGCAGAUACACCUUUGGUUGAAAAGAAUGUGCAAAUCUCCUUACCGCCAUUGCAGCUAAUUUGAACUUGUUGGCCAAAGUAGGAUCCAUAUUUUUGGGUAAGAUCCAUAAUUUGGGGUCAGAAAUCAGCUUGUCGGGCACCUGGGUGGCUCAGUCAGUUAAGCGUCUGCCUUCGGCUCGGGUCAUGAUCCUGGAGUCCCGGGAUCGAG